UCCUUGCACCAACGGCCCCCCACUCGCUCGUGACCCGUGACCCGCUAGCCCGUGCUCCCCUCUGCGCCUGGGCCCCCUGUCCCUCAGCCCCUGCCCAUCAGGCCUGCCACCUGCUUCCAGCAGCACCAGCCAUGAAUCACGGGCAGAAAGACCUGCUUCGUGUCAGCAGCUCUGAGCCUCUCGCAGCCAUCAUCAUCGGAAAUGGCCCAUCUGGCAUCUGCUUGUCCUACCUGCUGUCAGGGUACACGCCCUACGUGAGGCCGGGCGCUGCCCACCCGCACCCCUUACUGCAAAAGAAGCUGGCUGAGGCCUCGGGCGUCUCCAUCCUGGACCAGGACCUGGACUACCUUUCAGAGGGCCUGGAGGGACGUUGCCAAAGCCCCAUAGCCCUGCUCUUUGAUGCCCUUCUGCGCCCUGACACAGACAUCGGGGGCACCAUGGAUUCAGUCCUGACGUGGCAACGGCAGAAUGAGCGAGCAGUCCCCCACGUGGUCCUGGGCCGGAACCUGCCGGGGGGCGCCUGGCAUUCUAUAGAGGGCUCCAUGGUGACCCUGAGCCGUGGCCAGUGGAUGGGGCUCCCUGACCUUCAUGUGAAGGACUGGCUGUGCUGGAAACGCAGAGGACUCCGCAACCCCCGAGCCACAGCAGGUGACAUCGCUCGCUACUACAAGGACUAUGUGGCCGAGAAGGGCCUGGGCCCCAACUUCGUGUCCGGUGCCGUGGUCACAGCCGUGGAAUGGGGGACGCCCGAGGAGCCCGAGGCCUGCUUCCGCGUGCAUGGCUUCCUGAUGGCCGCCGACCACAGCCGAGAGCCCUUCUCUCUACGGGCCCGCAACGUAGUGCUGGCCACCGGCACUUCUGACAGCCCCGCGCGCCUGGGCAUCCCAGGGGAGACCCUGCCCUACGUGCACCACGAGCUAUCGGCGCUGGAGGCGGCCUGGCGGGCAGGCACAGUGACCCCGGCCUCGGACCCAGUGCUCGUGGUGGGCGCCGGGCUGUCAGCGGCCGACGCGGUGCUCUUCGCGCGCCAUGCCAACAUCCCAGUGCUCCACGCCUUCCGCCGGCCCGUGGACGACCCGGGCCUGGUGUUCAACCAACUGCCCCAGAUGCUGUACCCCGAGUACCACAAGGUGCACCAGAUGAUGAGGGAGCGGUCCAUAGAGGGACCCAGCCCAUAUCUGGGCUAUCGCAGCCUCCCAGAGCACCGGCUCCUACUCUGCCGGGAUGACCACCAGGUGGUCUUCCAGGGCCCACAGGGGCUUCAGAAGGGCUUCGUGGUGUCCCUGGUGCUGGUGCUCAUUGGGUCCCACCCCGAUCUCUCCUUCCUCCCUGGGGCAGGCGCCGACCUGGCCACAGACCCCAGCCAGCCACUGAACGCCAAGAAGAACCCCAUUGAUGUGGACCCCUACACGUACCAGAGCACCCGCAGAGAGGGGCUGUACGCCCUCGGGCCACUGGCAGGGGACAACUUCGUGCGCUUUGUUCAGGGUGGCGCCCUGGCUGCGGCCAGCUCCCUGCUGAAGAAGGAGGCCCCCAGGCCGCCCUAGCACCUGCUACGGCCACCACCCAGGCCCACAGGAGCCGGGCGGAGAGCCCAGCAGCCUUGCUGGGCGCCCCCACUCCCACCCCCAGGCAAGGGGCUUCUCCCAGCUGCAACCGGCCCCCAACGAAGAGCAGCUGCUAGCGGCAGGAACACAGGUGGCCGGCCCCAGGCAGUGACCGCGUGGAGGCCUGCUACCCAGACAGACACUGGGGAGGUCUGGCCCUAUGGAGUGGGGUUUGCACGGGGUGUCUGGGCAUGGGCAUCCGGCCCGGAUUUCGGACUCGGCUCCUUCCAGAAUCAGGGUCAGAAUAAACCCCAAUAAACAC